UGCGGGGCUUUUAUCCUCGGCCUUAGGAUUUCUUGGGUUAUUAUAUAUCUGUUUUAGUCACCAUCGUUUUGUGGCGCAGACCCCCGACUCUGUUUCCAGAUAGAAGGAUAUUAUUUUGAGAGCUCGAACUCAGCACAUAGUGUGGAGAGAAGGAGCGAGCCAUAAUCAUGGCUUUUACCACCAAUUCUCUCCUUUCUUCUCCCUUUCUUGGGAGCCAGGUCCUAUUAUCGCCCCCCACCCCAAAAACAAGCAAAUCAUCUGUUCCUCUUCCGCUUUUCUUCAAGAGAAGGAUUUUGAACUCCCAAAACAGUUUUAGCAGGAAGCGUGAUUCUAAACAUUUGAAUUUGAAAUCCUUACCUUCCCAAGCUUCUUUAGCUGCUCUAAUCUUCUCCUCUGUUACCCCUCAAGCUCUAGCUGCUGACGCCGACAAUCUCAACCCUCCUCCGGCACCUCCUGUAAUUGAGGCACAACCCACCAAACCAAACUCUUCCAAUUCCUCCCCUUUUGCUCAAAAUCUUCUUCUUACGGCCCCCAAACCUCAAUCUCAAGCCUCUUCAGAUCUCCCGGAAGGUAGCCAAUGGCGUUACAGCGAGUUCUUGAGUGCCGUCAAGAAGGGCAAGGUCGAGAGAGUCAGGUUCAGCAAAGAUGGUUCUGCCCUUCAACUCACCGCCGUCGAUGGCCGCCGCGCCACCGUCAUCGUACCCAAUGACCCGGACCUCAUCGAUAUUCUAGCCAUGAAUGGUGUCGAUAUUUCUGUCUCCGAAGGUGAUUCGGGUAAUGGGCUGUUUAAUUUCAUUGGCAAUUUGUUGUUCCCAUUCCUUGCAUUUGCUGGGCUGUUCUUACUCUUUCGCCGAGCACAAGGAGGACCUGGUGGUCCUGGUGGUCUCGGUGGACCCAUGGAUUUUGGGCGAUCAAAGUCCAAAUUCCAGGAAGUUCCAGAAACCGGUGUGACCUUCGCUGAUGUUGCCGGAGCUGACCAAGCAAAAUUGGAGUUGCAGGAGGUUGUUGAUUUUCUGAAAAACCCUGAUAAGUACACUGCCCUCGGAGCUAAGAUUCCCAAAGGAUGCCUUCUAGUUGGACCACCCGGGACUGGAAAAACCCUUUUGGCUAGAGCAGUCGCCGGCGAGGCUGGGGUGCCAUUCUUUUCUUGUGCAGCUUCAGAAUUUGUCGAAUUGUUUGUCGGAGUUGGUGCAUCUAGAGUGCGAGAUUUGUUUGAGAAGGCGAAGUCCAAGGCACCAUGCAUUGUAUUUAUUGAUGAAAUUGAUGCUGUGGGGAGGCAGAGAGGGGCUGGUCUGGGAGGUGGGAAUGAUGAGAGGGAGCAAACAAUUAAUCAGUUAUUGACAGAAAUGGAUGGAUUUUCUGGUAAUUCAGGUGUCAUAGUUUUGGCUGCAACAAACAGACCAGACGUUCUUGAUUCAGCAUUGCUAAGGCCUGGAAGGUUUGAUAGGCAAGUGACUGUGGACAGACCCGACGUUGCGGGUAGAGUUAAAAUCCUUCAGGUGCAUUCUAGAGGAAAAGCUCUUGCAAAGGAUGUUGACUUUGAAAAAAUUGCCAGAAGAACCCCAGGAUUCACAGGGGCUGAUCUACAGAAUUUAAUGAAUGAAGCAGCUAUUCUUGCUGCUCGGCGAGACCUCAAGGAAAUAAGCAAAGAUGAGAUAUCUGACGCACUUGAAAGGAUCAUUGCUGGACCAGAGAAGAAAAAUGCUGUUGUCUCAGAUGAGAAGAAAAAACUAGUAGCUUACCAUGAGGCUGGCCACGCCCUAGUUGGUGCUUUGAUGCCUGAAUAUGACCCUGUGGCCAAAAUAUCUAUUAUUCCUCGUGGCCAAGCUGGUGGGCUCACAUUUUUUGCUCCCAGCGAAGAGAGGCUUGAGUCUGGACUGUACAGUAGAAGCUACUUGGAAAAUCAAAUGGCAGUUGCUCUGGGUGGAAGGGUUGCUGAAGAGGUAAUAUUUGGAGAGGAGAAUGUUACAACCGGAGCAUCAAACGACUUCAUGCAAGUUUCGAGGGUUGCGAGACAGAUGGUUGAGAGGUUCGGGUUCAGCAAAAAGAUAGGUCAAGUUGCCAUUGGAGGACCUGGCGGAAACCCAUUUUUGGGCCAACAGAUGUCAACCCAGAAAGAUUACUCAAUGGCUACUGCAGAUAUUGUGGACGCAGAGGUGAGGGAGCUGGUGGAGAGAGCCUAUGCAAGGGCAAAGCAAAUCAUCACAACACACAGUGACAUCCUUCACAAGCUUGCUCAGCUUCUCAUCGAGAAAGAAACUGUGGAUGGUGAAGAGUUCAUGAGUCUGUUCAUUGACGGAAAAGCUGAAUUAUAUGUUGCAUAAAUAUGUAUAUACCUAAACUUAGCCAUGUUUGUUCCAUGACCAUAAGGUUAGCAGAUACUUGUACACACUAAGAGUCAAUUCAAUUUUCCACCAUAGUUGAACGAAAGAAAGGUAAAAAGGUUGGGAAACAUUACAUUAGCUCUUGUAAUUAGAUUUCGGUGGCGCCUCCUUUUUUUAUACUCCUGGAAAGUUUACAGAAUGUUAAUUCUGGGACAUUUAGCGGGGAAGUGGAAUGGAUGAGCAAGAAAAACAUGCCUUUUCACAGAAGUUUAAUGUCAAAAUGUAUUCCUUGUA